GUUUCCAGUAACUCUCACAUAAUCUCAAAGAAAAACCCUAAUUUCUAAUUGAGAAAUCUGUGCAAAAAAAAAAUCAAAAUACAAUCAAGAUGGACACCCAAGAGUCAGCAGCAGCAGAGGACGAUGUAUUGAGAAUCAAAAAUUCUAUGGAAACGGAGGAAGAAGACGAUGAUGGAAUGGCUCUAACUCACUUCUCUCAUCCAAGCGCUAUCGCUUCUUCAAACCCUAAAUCUCAAAUAACUACGGUAACUGUUGCUGAUUCAGUGAAGGAGUCAACAGAAUCUGAAAAUAGGAGUCUUAAGGUUGAGAACGGUAAAGCUAAAUUGCUAGACCCUAUAGAGCGAGCUGAAGAGUUUCGGUCGAGUUUAGACCCUAAAUUCCCAAGUUUCGUUAAACUUAUGGUUAAGUCACAUGUUUCAGGGGAAUUUUCUCUGGGGAUUCCCUCGAAAUUCUGUGCUAAAUUUAUGUUAAAAGAAGACAUUUCAAUGACUUUGUUGGAUGAAGAAGGGAAAGAGCACAUUGCAAAAUACCUUGCUGGAAAAUGUGGGCUGAGUGCUGGAUGGAGAGGGUUUGUUAUUGAUCACAAGUUAGUGGAGGGGGAUCCAGUGGUUUUCCAGUUAAUCGAGAUUAAUAAAUUCAAGGUAUACAUUGUAAGGACAAUUGGCUUAGGAGAAGUUGACAGUGCUUUUGGCCAUCUACAACUCGAAGCUUGUGCGCAGAAAAGUUCUCUAGGUAUCUUUGCUGGGCAUCUCCUUCUGAUUGUUCUAUCAGUCUCUAUUGAACUUCAAACUGUUGGUAUUUGUUUGAUGUUUAAAUUAGGCAAGGCAGGCGAUGAUACGAAGCCGACGAGAAAUACUGUUGUAGGGAAACCAAAGCGUCUUCCUUUACCUGUUGCUGAUCAACCUAAAAAUUGCAGCGAAGAGGCAGAUUCAGAAAAUGUGGAAGGUAUUAGAUUUGCAAGCUCGGUGCCUGAGUUUGAAGAUAUCAAGAAUGUAGAGAGUUUCAACAUAAUUUAUAACGAUUUGAUUAUAGAUUCGGAAAUGUCCAAACAUGUAAGGUCUAGAUACUACAAGCUCUGCUGCAGUCAGAAUUCGUUCCUGCAUAAAAAUCUUGUGCCCGGCCUCAAUUGUAAAUUAGUUGCAGGUAUGAUUUGUGAAACUGUCAACAUUUCUGACGCCAUUCAAUCUAGCCAAGUUCGCAGUACUUCUAGGGAUGUGUUGCAAUUAUGGAGAAAGAGUUUGGAAGCAUUUGAGCACCUUGACAUGAAUGUGGGUUUUUUGCUUCCUCGGUUGGAUGAGCUUGUGAGACUGGCCUCUGAAUCAGAACAAGCAGUAGAUCUGAAAAGGGACAGAGAAGCUAUAAAUGAACGAAAGCUUGCGGAAGAGUAGAUGAAAAUUUUGAAAGGCCAAUACUCCCUGGUAAUUUUAUUCAGUAGGUAUGCAGACUAAGAUAGGGUCGUUGGAGUAAUUUGGAUCUCAACUUUUUGGUAACCUAUGAAGCAAAUCUCAACUUUUUGGUAACCUUAAGCUUGUGAAUGCUUCUUGUGUUUCAUCAAAACGGGCAAUCUAUAUAGAAAUCAGCAUUUCAGAAUUUUGUUUUUCUUACCAGAACGUGUAAAUCUUCUCUUUGUAACCAGACAGUCAGAAAUUUAUGAAUACGGAAGUGCUUAAUUUC